AUGGUAUUGGAAUAUUGUCCCGGUGCAGAGUUGUACGAUUAUUUGAUAAAAAAUGGAAGGCUGUCGACCGAAACGGCGCAGAAAAUAUUCGCGCAAUUAGUAGGCGCAGUGGCUUAUGUGCACCAAAAAAACUGUGUGCAUAGGGAUCUCAAAUUGGAGAAUAUUAUGCUAGAUAGGCAUGAGAAUGUCAAGCUUUGUGAUUUUGGUUUCACACGAGAGUAUGAGAGACUUCGGCCACUGCAGACGUUUUGUGGGACUGUGUGCUACUCGGCGCCUGAGAUGGUUAAAGGGGAGAAGUACCUUGGGCAGGCUGUCGAUGUCUGGUCGUUAGGUGUCAUAUUGUAUGCCUUGCUAUGCGGAGAAUUACCGUUCGAUGAGGAUGAUGAGACAUCAACAAAGCUCAAGAUAUUGAACGAAGAACCAAAAUAUCCAGAGCAUUUAGAUGCAGAUGCUGUUGCUUUGAUCAAAUCUCUCCUUUCGAAACGGCCUAUCUCGCGGCCGACACUACUAGAAAUCCUUGUUCACCCAUUCCUCAUGCACUAUGGAAACCAGCAGAAGAAUAUCCUUGCAAUGCAACAACCAGCUCUCUUUAGCACCCGGAUAGAAAAGGAAACCUUAGACCGCAUGAAAUCCGCCGGAGUUCAAACCGAGGUUGUCGUUGAAAGCGUCCUCGCCCAGAAAUGUGACAGUCUAGCCGGCUGGUGGAACCUCCUGAUAGAAAAAGAACUACGUAAGGAAAAACGGCGUCAAAAGCGACGAAGUGAGAGCCGGCGAGUUAGUGCGGGGAGUAUGCUAGCUGCUGCUGCUGCUGCUGCUGACUUCCUUAAGCCACCGAGAGAAGAAGCCGAGGCUGAAUGGGCCAAUAUUAGCGUUAAGGCUUCUUCAGCAUCACUCGAUGAUAAUGGAAGCGGUUCAGCUAAAACCCCAAUAGUGCCUGCAGGACCGACACAGCAACCUCCGAACCCGAACCCGAAAGAUCGACAUCCAUACAAUAAAUUACAGCGGAACCCGUCGAAUCAGAGUCAGAUACAGAUCAUGUCGUCACCAGAUUUAAAUCGUGAUCCGACUUUCCCGUCGUCAGCCUCAACAAGACGGCCGAAUCAACGAAAGAUCCAUUUUUUGACUACUCUAGCUGCUUUGAAGCACUGGUUAUUCCAUUCCACGAGGCGGGCGUCGACUGCUAGUGAUGCGAAAUAUCAGCCCAGGCUGCAGAAUGGAAGUACCUCGCAGUCAAACCUUAAUCAAGGAAGGGGUUUGCAUAGUUCGCAUCAAAGUGGGAGCGUUCGUACACGGGCGGGGAACGUGCUUGAAAUGCUCAGAGAAAACGAUCGACAGCGGGAUGCUAGGUCUAGAGGGAGAGAUACGGCAAGGCAGGGCGGAUCAUCGAGUCAUGUUCCCCCGAGCUUAGUAACGGCGCAGCAAAGGAAACGCCAGUCGAUAUCACCAUCACCGUUGACUCCGCAUUCAGCGCGGAGAAUGUCAGGUCGUGGAUUGGGAGGUAGGAAGUCGACGUCCUCGUCGUUGUCUUCAGUACGAUCAUUUCACAAGUCGCAUUCUAAAGCUUCUUCGAUUGCAUCCUCAAGUUCGGUCAACUCUGUUCAGCUGGCGUCGCCGAGGAGUCCCAGGGCGUCCGGCGUAAAAGUUGUAGCAACGACACCGAGGACGAAUAGUUUCCCAUCAAAUGUACGGCUUGUUCGACAAGGCACUGGGGUCGACGCGUUCAAUGAGACGGCAGUGUUUAAUAAAGAAUCAGUUGCUUUCGCGAGGAGGAAGAAAACGGCGUUUAAAGGGCCAAACCUAAAUUUAAGCCAUGCGAGGAAUUCAUCACCCAGUGUUGCGCAAGGGAGACGGCGGCAUUCAGCGAGUAAACGGGCGAGUACCAGUUCGGCUGGCGCGCAGGCCGAUGCUAUACAGGAGGAGGAUGAAGACGAAUGUGAAAUUGAGGAAGUUGCAGAGUUUUCACCGAUUAUAGGGGAGCAUGAAGAGGUUGUGUUUAUCAAAGAGGAGGGAAGCGAUGUUGGAAAUACAGACGGGGAUUGCAGGGACGACGUGAGUUUGAAUCGGAUAAGGAGUGAUAGGAGUGAUGUUCCAGAUGUCGAGGAACCGAGAGGAAGGAAGUUGGAGAAGCAGCCGGCGUAA